AUUGUGUCCCUCUGUUGUCUGCAUGUGUCAGCUGGGAUUUUCUGCUAAAUCAGCGGAGGUUCCGUAAAGUAGCUAGCCCGUAAAGUAAAGUGAAGUAUGUCAGGAUCAAGAGUCUUCAUCCGCACAAAGUAAACGAAACUGAAAAUUGUGAAAGGUUUGAACCUCCUUUUGUGACUGUGAAGAUGGGAAAGAAAAGAGGAAAGGACAAGAGCUCCAGAGAGGAUGAUGACAUAGACCUGGCAGGUCCAUCAUGUAGGCACAUUAAAAAGGGGACCGACCAAACUCUUCUCAAGAAACUUUCUGGGAAUUCUGAUUGGAUGAAUUGCCAGGAUUGUAAGCAUGAGGAAAAUGACAAAAAUACCAGCACCACCCAGCCUCAGGAGCCAGAAGAGGAAAAAGAGCCAGCAGCAGUAUGGCUGUGCUUGAAAUGUGGCCACAGAGGAUGUGGACGACACUCUGAGAACCAGCAUGCCAUCAAACAUUACGAGACUCCUCGGUCAGACCCACACUGCCUUGUGAUCAGCUUGGACAACUGGAGUGUGUGGUGUUAUAUAUGUGAUGAUGAAGUCCACUUCUCCAGUACUGGACAAUUGGCUCAGCUGUUGACCAACCUUAAAAAGCACACCUCAGCAGAUCCCAUGAAGAGACCACAGAAAAGGGUAAAAGAGGAAGACAGCAUGUUGGAAGUAGAACAGAAGACAGAAACUGUAAAGGCAGAGGCGAGUGAAGACAAGGAAAACAAAGAGAACAAGGUCCACCAAAAGAAAAACGCCAAGAAAGAGAGUGCUGGGAAAUCACAAAACUCCAACACAAUGGAAGACACUGGUGGUGUUUCUGUGAAGGGACUGAGCAACCUGGGAAACACAUGUUUCUUUAAUGCAGUGAUUCAGAGCCUCUCUCAAACACAGCUGUUAAGGCAGACUCUCAACAAAGUGACGGAAGAGAAGACAAGUCUUAACAUUGAACCUAAUACCUCCUCAGAUCUGGAGCCUAUUGUAGUGCAGGUAGACCAGCCAGGAUCUCUGACUUUGGCGAUGUGUCAACUCCUCAAUGAGAUCCAAGAAUCUAAGAAGGGUGUGGUAACACCCCGGGAGUUGUUCACACAAGUCUGUAAAAAGGCUGCCAGGUUCAAAGGAUUUCAACAGCAAGAUAGCCAGGAGCUGCUGCGUUACCUGCUGGAUGGAAUGAGAGCUGAGGAGAUCAAAAGAGUAAGCUCAGGGAUAAUGGAGACAUUGAAACAAUCUAGACAAAGUACAGAUGGAGAGCAGCUGAAAACUAUAGUUAAAGAAUAUGAGAAAAAUGGAUUUCCAAAAAACUUUGUUGACCAAGUUUUUGGUGGGGAAAUGACCAGCACUAUAAUGUGUGAGCAGUGUAAAACGGUGUCUGUAGUCACAGAGAUGUUUCUGGAUCUUUCUCUUCCUGUUUCUGAAGAGGCAUAUAGGAAGAAGAACCAGAAAAAAGUAAGUCCGAAGACCAGUGACUCAAACCAGGAUGACAGAGACAGCCCUGCUUUGACAAAUGGAAAUGAUGACAUUCCCUCUGGGACUGGAAGCAAAUACCAGCAGAAAAAAGCCAAGAAGCAGGCAAAGAAGCAAGCAAAGCAUCAAAAGAGGCAGCAGAAGCUUGAGGGCAGAGUCACUCUGAACAGUCUCCCAUCUCCAAGCGAACAGACGGAUCCUGCUGCAGAGGAAGAAGAUGGAGAAAAUUCUGACAUAGAGACACAUGAUGAAGCCCCACAGAGUGAAGGAGAUUCUGCACAAACCAGUGUCUCUGAAGAGAACCUGAAGAACCUUGAUACGGUUCAAGCAGAGAAGGAAGAAGAAGAGGAUUCAGUGAUUGACUGUGACUCAAUGGAUAUAUCGUCGGUCAGCAAUCGUUUCACCAUCUUAGAAGAGCAGCACUCGAAGGAUAGUAACUUAGAUGAGGAGAAAACAUCCGAUAUGGAUCAGGAGGCAGAAGAAGACACACAGCUAGUGAGUGAAAUGGAGAAAGUCACCUUGGAUGAUGCCUUCAUAGAAUCUGAUGCUGGGGAACAAGUGGUGGAAAGUGAAGAUGAAUCGCAGGAGAAUAAAGAGUAUACUGUAGUAAACCAGGACCCAGAGCUUGCUUUCGAAACACUGGCCACCAGGUCAUCUCCGGAGAAACAGGAGUGUUCUGUACAGUCAUGCCUGUUUCAGUUCACAGAAGUGGAAACCCUCACACAGAACAACAGCCUUCUGUGUGUCGCCUGCACUAAACGACAGCCGAACAAAAACAAAGCUGGAGGAUCUAAGAAGAAUAUCUACACCGAUGCCUUGAAGCAAAUGCUGAUCUCCUCUCCCCCGCCGGUGCUUACCCUCCAUUUGAAGAGAUUUCAGCAGAAUGGCUACAGUAUUUGUAAAGUGAACAGACACGUCCACUUCCCUGUGAUACUGGAUCUUGCUCCUUAUUGUGCAGUAAAAUGCAAGAACGUGACAGAGGGAAAUAAUCAGAUUUUGUACAGCCUGUACGGUAUUGUUGAGCACAGCGGAACAAUGAGGUCAGGCCAUUACACAGCCUAUGUAAAAGUUCGACCUCAGUGCCCUAAAUCCUCAUCUAAUGGACUUGCAGCAGAAGCGCCACCCAGAGGAUCCUGGUUCCAUAUAAGUGACACAAGCGUCCAGCCUGUGAGCGAGAGCAAAGUCCAGAGUUGCCAAGCUUACCUCCUCUUCUAUGAAAGGAUCCUCUAAUCGAACUGUCCAUCAGGAAAUCCACACAAACCAACUCGCUGCUGAUUCAGCUCAACAAUAGAAGGGAUCUCACAUAUGACCAACCUCGACCUGUACUGUCAAUAAUUCAACCUGAGCUAUGUUUAAAUGAUUUUUUUUAACCCUCCUCCAGUGUUUGUUGCUCCACCCUUAUUUAAGUGUUCGCUGUUUUAAUUGCUCUUAUGUUAACACAAAAACCAUAAAUCACCAAAUUUCAUUGAACACUUUUUCUAGUUUUUAAACAUUGUCUCAGAGUAAAUGGUUAACAUUUACAAAGUUAUCAUUUGGCUCAAAAAUAUUGUCCAGAGCCUCUUGGACAGAAAAUCGCGUAAUCAGUCACCUGCUUAUUGUGUUCACAGAGUAAUAUGAGAGCAAGGCACAAAUAAAGCUUCAUAUAUGGGGUUUAUGAGGAGGUAUGAUACAUUGUUUGGACUAUAAGGUGCAGUGGACACAUAAGCAUGAGAAAGAUAGGAGGACAAAUUAAAGGAAAACCCUGAAUAAAUGAGUGGAGAAACA